UUGCUCAAUUGCACCUGCAAAAUCCAAACGCCGCCACAGCCAAUCCACAUCCGCAUUUUGAUCUUCAAUGCCGGGCGCAGACGGUGACCUGACACUAUGGGCCAUCAUCCCCACCGGUGGCGAGUGCCGGGAGGUGGAGCUUACGGCACGGCCGCAGGACACUGGCGUAGAUUUGAAGAAGAUGAUCGAGAAGGCGGUCAACAUCCCUGUCGAUGACAUGGAGAUUUUUGUAAAGAACCCCAGCGGGUCAAAGCAGAAGUGGCUCCGCGACGACGCGACGCUGGAGUCCGAGGAGAUCGAGGACUCGGCUGUCCUCACUGUUGGUGUUCAUGGCACCGGCGGAAGGCAAACAGCUGUUGUCAGCGACGAUGAGCUGCCGCAAGACGCAGUGCAGAACUCCAUCGCUGUGAAGGGGGACAGCAGCUACUACUUCGCCCACUCCAGGAAGAUGGAUGUGCCGGAAGAGCACCGCAUCGUUUCUGGAGGCGCGCCCCAAAGGCUGGGCGAAGCGGAAGCGCUGAAAGAGCCUGUGCGGCAGGUGCUGGAAGGGGAGGAGCCACAGCGGCCAGAGCGGGCCAUCUUGAACUACGCCUGGGGCGACGAGAAGGAGGCGGUGAAGCUCUACGUGUCCGCGGAGGCGGAGCCGGAGGCGCUGGGCGCCGCCCAGGACGGCAAGGGCGGCCAAGUGGAGGUCUCGUGGCGUCCCAAAGCACUGAAGCUGAAGGUCCACGCAGAGAAGCUGGACUGGGUGCUUGACCUAGAUCGUUUGUACUACGAGAUCAUCCCCGAGGAGUGCAAAUUCAGAGUGAGCGAGAACAAGCGGAUCACGCUCACCCUGAAGAAGAAGGAGGCCUACGCCUGGCUGAAGCUCCUGAAGCCGGACGCUUGAGCGGCCAGAAGGCGACUGCUAGAGCCGAGUGGUUCACGCCGGGCAGCCGACAGCGUUUCGUCCGGUUUCUCAACGGGAGCGGGGCGUGAGACGCCUGACGGUCCCGCGGGGAGGAUGGUCUCGCAUUCGCCUCCCUCAUGCCAACUUUGCCGAGCAUCCCUCCAGGUCUCUGUAAACUUGCUA